AUGGCAUCGCAGGCGCCAGCUUCGGCUGUCUUUGUAUCUGGCCUCAACAAGUCCACGGCCAAGAAGCAGAUCGACGACUUUUUCAGCUUCUGUGGCUCCAUCACAAAGCUCGAUCUCUCCGACGAUGGGGACACUCACCAAAAGGCUCUCAUCCACUUUGCCAAGCCUAGUGCUGCCAGUACUGCUGUAAUGCUACACGGCAGCUCGCUAGAUGGCGCCAAUCUCUCGGUUACGCUUGCCGGUGACACUUCUGCCGCCGCCGCCGCCGCUGCUGCUGCCACGACGGCCACCGCUACCGCUGCUCACGACGAUGCACAGCCCGUUGGACAAGAGGACAAGCCAAAGACAGCUAUCAUCGCCGAGUACCUCGCGCACGGCUACACAAUCUCGGACGAGAUUACAAAGCGGGCCAUUGAUCUCGACAGCAAGCACGGCCUCUCCACCAAGUUCAAGGGCUACCUCUCUCAGCUCGACCGAUCGCUGGGUAAGCAGCUCGAAAAGGCUGCCCCUUCAACUUCAGCAGCGACUACUCAAAGCACCGAGCACACCCCCAGCGGUCCUGCUGCUCUUUCUUCUGCCACCGAAAAGGAAGCAGCUGCUAUGCCUGUUCCCGGCGACGAUGCGUCUGUUCAGGGACCCAAAACCACCACCACCGUCCCGGGCACCGCUGCGGACCCUUCCUUUGCGCGCAACCUCCAGCAACGCGCCCAGGCCGUGCUCGACAAGCCAGAGGUCAAGGCCAAGACUGAUUUCGUCUGGACCAAGCUGAGCGACUACUACAAUGCCUUUGCCAACCAUCCCAAGAUCCACGACUUCUACAGCAAGACCUCCAAGACCGUCACCGACGUGCACGAGGAGGCCAAGCGCAUCUCAGAGAAAAAGAAGCAGGGCGGUGCUACGGGCGCUGCGGGCACUUCGGCGCCUGUCCCAUCCUCCGCUCCUACCACAGGUGCCAAGCAGAUGAGCGUCUCCUGGCUCGUUCUCGGGCUUGUACUCUUUUCAUCUCUGUCGCUCAACGGCGUCGCUGCGCACGACCACGAUGCCAUCUCCAACGAGCCUGCAGAGGUGGCCGGCUUCAAGCCGACCGACUUGGAGCACGAGAGCUACAUUCAGAGGCACAUGCGCACCGAGCACCACAUCAACGCCUUUAACCUUGGCAGCGCCUUUGCGCUUCACGACCUCGACCGCAACGGCGUGCUCGACCGUUCCGAGAUCGAAGCAAUCUACGGCGUGCACCAUUCCGAGUCGAAGAAGCACUCUGCUACGCACGAGGUGCACGACGAGAAGGCGGACAAGAUCGUCGGCGCCGUGCUUCGCGCCAUGGACACCAAUGGUGAUGAGCUCAUCACUAAGGAGGAGUUUAUCAACGCGGGUCCCAAUGGCUUGCCCAUCUUCCCAGAGUACAACAUCGGCAGUCUGGGACACCACUACGACGAGGAGUCCGAGUUUUUCGUUCAUCACGAGGAGCUGUACCACAACACGCCCGAGACGCAGACCGACGAGGCAUACAACCACAAGGAGGACAUCGAGCACUUUGCGCACCAUGAGCAGAUCGAGAAGGAGGAGGAGCAGCGCGAGCGCAAGGCCGAGGGUCUGCCGUCGAUUGAAGAGGAGGAGAAGUUGAAGAAGGAGGCUGCUGCGAGAGGUGAGAAGUACGUGUCGGCGUACAGUCAGCAGCUGACGCCGGAGGAACAGAAGAAGGCGCAGAAGGAGCACGACGAGGCACAGGUGGGCAACGCUGUGCACGAAGCUGAGGCGUCGCAGCAUGUCUUCCGAACGCCGUCGGGUAAGCAUGUGGUCAAGGAGGAGCAGAUGGUCUUCCAGGAUCUGGAGGUCGACAACGCCGGUCGUCCCGCUCAUCCUCCCACUUCUCCCGCCGCCAACUCGAAGGAUACCAAGGAUGCCGCCGCCGCUGCUGCUCAGACCCAGGAGCGUCUGCCUCAUGGCGUGGCUGAUCGCGUGCCCGGCGAGACCGAGGAGGGACGACGACAGCGCCUCGCCGCCGCCAAGCUCGAAGCUUCGCGAAGACCCUCCUACGGUCAAGGUCCCAAGGGUUUCGCACAACCCAAGGACGACAGCGACCGCAUGCGCAAGGGUGCGCCUUACAAGUAUCCUCCUUUGCAAAAACAGUACCGCCUCAAGAAGCAGUCGUACUUCGGCGAGUUCUAA